GUGUCUCUCAAAUUUUGGGAAUUUUGCAUUGGCGAAGCCGAGAGAGAGAGAGAGAGGAAGAAGAACAGUCCCAUUUUCACACACUAAAAUAUUGCAAUUUGCGAAUUCUUCUCAACACUUUGCGUAUCAAACUCUCUCUCUUUUGCUGCUUAAAACCCAUUAUACUGCGUUGACUACUUUGGACUCGGCUUUUAAACCUCCCCAUGAUGAAUUUUCCUUUUUCCUAUUUUCCCAUUUUGUCCCUUCUCAAUUCCCUCUUUUUCGCCGUCGCCGUUGCCGUUGCCGUUGCCGGUCAGUCUCCCACACCCACCACUGCCUUCCCUUCCCUCUCCCUUUUCCGCUAACUCAUUCUAUGUUUCUAUUUUCCUUCUGUUUAUCUCUUUUACCUGUCGUGUUUCAAAGCUAGGGUUCUUCCAAGUUCCAAGCCCUAGCUAUCUGGACAUUUUUCUUCAAAUUUUGAUAUGGGUUAUCGGCGGAGGUUUAGAAUUUUUUAGCUUUAAUCUCCUUUUCGUGGGAUUUGUUUUCUUUUUCUGUUUGUUGUUUUUCUUGUUGUUGUUGCCAUUUGUUUGAUUUCGCGAUGAAGAGGCUGAAGUCUUGCGACGAUCUCGAUUCGUAUGCGGAGAAAAAUCCGGGUAAGGAUCCCGUGUUGAGUCGGACGUCGUCCUCACAUCGUGUGUUUUAUCAUAAAUCCGAGGCUGUACGAAAGAAUAUGUCGUCUUCGUCUGGUAGAUAUUAUCGGGAUCGAUCGGUGGAUGAGGAUCGGGAAGGUUUGAGGUUGGUGCGUAAGCGGUCAGAUCAUGAUUUUGAAGGGUUUGAUAGGCGGAAAGGGUUCGAUCGGUUUCGGGAAAGUGGAGAGAGUAGGGGUUAUGCUGGUAGUAGUGGAGGUGGCGGUGGAGGGGACCGUAUUGCGCUUCAUAGGUCGGAAAGCUACUCUGGGACUCGCAGAGAGUAUCCUAAAGGGUUUCGAUCAGAGCGGGACAGGUCAAGGAGAGAAGGCAGUGUGUCUUCUUGGCGGAGAUUUGGGAGCUGGAAUAAAGAUGUUGACGAGGGAGCAAGAAACAGAGGUGGGGUUGUUGGAGGAUUGGAAGAGAGAGGGAGUGCGAGGAAUUCUCCCAAGGGAUUGAGGGAUGUGAAAUCCCCGUCUCUGUCUAAAGAUUCUAGUAGCGAGCAAUCUAAGUUAAGAGCCUCACCUAGUUUGGUUUCAAGGGGUAUGAGAGCCCAGGAAUCGAAGUCUAAGUCCCCAACAUGGUCGAAGGACUCAGAGAGUGAGCAAUCAAAGAGUGUGGAGGUGAAGAAAGGGGAGGACCUGCAGGUUGAAAGUGGUAAUAACAGUGAGAUGGAGGAAGGAGAAUUAGAGCCUGAUCCUGAGGCUGAACCUGCUAUGGGACCUGAAGCUGAACUAAAUGUUGAACCUGAGUCUGAGCCCAAAUCUGAAGUUGGAUGUGAAGCUGAAUCUUUCCCUGAGAGCGAGGAUAAAUUGGCAGCAGAAAAACAUUUGGAGGCUGAUAAUGAUCAGGGGGAGGUUGCAAGUGAGAGCCAAGUAGAAGAUCAGAAAGUUAGUGUUGUAGCCGAGGUUGAAUUGUUGGACAAGGGCACGGAUAUGACUAAAUCAAAAGAAGCUUGUGACGAUGCUGGUUUGUCAGAAAGUCAGAAUGUGUCGAAUAAUUUUAGGAGUUGUACCAAGGAUGAGGUGGAUGUUGUGGCUGAUGAAGGCAACAAGUUGGAAGACAGUUUAGCCAGUGAAAGAGAACAACGUAUUGAGGCAGAUGACAAGAACUCUUUAGAGACUUCAGUUCAGUUGGAUGAGAAAUGCAAGGAAAGCAAGGGCAUUGAUCCAGAUAUGAAGACUACGGAUUUUGAUGUACCAGACAAAGAUGUAGAAAAAGAAUUGUCAGACGGAGAGGCAACAAAAAUUAACGAGGCAAUGACUCAUAAUUUUAGAGACAAAGGAAAAAGUGUGGCCGUUAGUCCUUCAACCUCUCAUGCUGCAUAUUCUACAGAAGAUGGAGCAUGGGCAGACAGAGAACAUGGAGCUGCUGAAAUUUGUAGGGACAAUGAUAUGGAAGGGCCAAGUACCAGGGGGUUUGAGUUGUUCACAAGAUCUCCUGUGAGAAAACUCGAGAGAGUGGAUGAAUCUGGUGAUAUUAGGCAGAGGAAUCAAAAGCUUACGUUAGAGCCUCUUGAUCUUUCUCUAAGCUUACCGAAUGUUUUGUUACCUAUUGGUGCCACUGCUGAUUCAAUUGUGGCACCCAGUUCCCCAAGCCGAGGAAGAAGUGUUCAGUCCCUGAGUAAUACUUUUUGCACUAAUUCAGAUGGAUUUGCCCCAUCAAUGUCUUUCUCAGGGUCUCACUCUUUCUUUCACAACCCAAGCUGUUCUUUGAAUCAGAAUUCAAUGGACAACUUCGAACAAUCAGUUGGAAGUCGCCCCAUAUUUCAGGGAAUUGAUCAGGCUUCUCAAGGAGCUUGGGCGGGACAGUCACAGAAUGAGUCUAAGUCGAAGGAACUUCCCUUGUAUCAAAGAAUUUUGAUGAACGGCAAUGGCGGCAUUCAACCGUCUCAAUCAUCCCAUGGUAUUCCGAACAUUGAAACCAUUACGCGUCAUCAUUCAUGUGAGGAAGAUAGCUCAAAAAUUGUCAGUGGAUUGGAUAGGCAAUUAAGCUUUCAUAAACAGUUGGCAGGAAACUCCAAGUCUAAUGAUGAUGUUAGAUCACCUUCGUUAAGAGUAGUAUCUCAUGAUGGUGGAUUAACUAUUAAUUUGGAAAAGAAAAGAAUAGUGAAAGAGGUUAGUGGUAGUUUAUAUAGAGCUAGUAGCUUGAAGGAACAGGAUAAGUUUUCGAUGGCAGGUUCAGAUUUGAUUGAAACUGUAGUUGCCAGAUUAAUUACUGAUCCAGUGAAUGAAAUGGCUAAGAAAUUUAAUGAGAUGACAGGUCAGUUCAUAGAACAUCUGAAAGCAAGUAUUUUUGAGAUCAUGUCCAAUGCAGCAGACAAACGUGGUCCAUUAUAUGCUAUCCAAAAAACACUGCAAACUAGGUCGGACAUCACUAUGGAUAUGCUACUUAAAUGCAACAGAGCACAGUUGGAAAUCUUGGUUGCUCUAAAGACUGGUCUACCAGAUUUCCUUAAGGAAAUAAGUGCUAUUGGAUCGGCAGACUUAGCCGAGAUAUUUCUAAACUUAAGAUGCAGAAAUAUGACAUGUAGGAAUCUUUUGCCUGUGGACGAGUGUGACUGUAAAGUUUGUGGACCAAAAAACGGAUUUUGCAGUGCUUGUAUGUGUCUUGUUUGUUCAAAAUUUGAUAUGGCGUCUAACACAUGUAGUUGGGUUGGUUGUGAUGUUUGUCUUCACUGGUGUCAUGUGGAUUGUGCCUUACGUGAAUCUUAUAUUAGAAAUGGUCCUAGUGCGUCAGGGGACCAAGGAGCAACUGAAAUGCAGUUUCAUUGUGUUGCCUGUGAUCAUCCUUCAGAGAUGUUUGGGUUCGUGAAGGAGGUUUUUCAGAAUUUUGCCAAGGUUUGGACGGCUGAAACUCUAUCCAGGGAACUUGAAUACGUUAAAAGAAUUUUCUCUGCCAGCAAGGACGUGAGAGGGAAACAACUUCAUGAACUUGCUGACCACAUGCUGUCAAGACUAGCCAAUAAGUCAAAUCUUCCUGAGGUGUACACUCAUAUCAUGAGUUUCAUUUCUGAUGCUGACUUUUCCAAGCUAGGCAAGACACGACUUCCAUCUGGAAAGGAUCAAUCAAAAAGCAGCAAUGGAAUUUCAGGUUCAUGUCAGGAAGCUCCAUGGUUGAAAUCUGUAUAUUCUGAAAAAGUCCCCCAAACGGAAAGAGCAGCGAAUGCUCAUCCUAGUUUGAACUACGAACGGAGUGACAAACGUGUAAUGGAGCCAGAAUUGCAGAUAAGUUCUCACAGGGAACCCCUUUUUGAUGAAUUGGACAGUAUUGUUAGAAUAAAACUUGCAGAGGCCAAAAUGUUUCAAGCACGGGCUGAUGAUGCCAGAAGAGAAGCAGAAGGUUUAAAGCGGAUUGCUAUUGCAAAAAACAAAAAAAUUGAUGAAGAGUACACAAGUAGAAUUGCCAAGUUGCGUUUGAUAGAAGCUGAGGAUUUGCGCAAGCAGAAAGUUGAGGAACUCCAGGCUCUAGAAAGGGCUCAUCGAGAAUAUUCUAGCUUGAAGGUACGGAUGGAGGCAGAUAUUAAAGAUCUUCUUUUGAAAAUGGAAGCUACAAAACGGAACCUCCCAGUAUGAAUUAGUAUCAACCAGGAUUCGUUCUGCCUUUUUAUCUCUUCUGCUCUCCCUAGAAUUGGAAGUACUUCAAAUUUAUAGGCUUAUAUAUUUUCAAUUUAUCGUAGUAGUUCUUUUAGGUUUUACCUUCUAAGUUCUUUCCCCUCCCUUUAUUUUUGUACUGCUAACUAAAGUCUGUACAGCGACUUCAACAGCAUUUGUUCAUGUAUAAACAGUUCCAUCUAUGAAAUCAAUCCGAGAGAAUUUUUAAUCGGGUUUUCAUCA